AUGAACAGAUGCCGGCCUCCGCCGCUCAUCGCACACCUGGGCACGACCAGCAGUAGCCCCUAUAGUAGUGAGGACUUUCGCUGUGGGACGACUUCCUCGUCGUCGUCUCCCACAGGAAUAUGGAGCUCGCCUACCGCCGAUCUUGGCCGGUCAAACGGCAGCAUCCCCUCUCCUCAUCCGAGUUCUCACUUGGGCAGUUUUGACGCUGCAGACUCAUCGGGAUGGGUUCGGAGUCCAUACGUCAGCGGUAUCCCGAGACAGAGCGUCAGCCCCACAGCUGCGGACCUCUUGAGUUUCUCCCCGUUCCAUUCCCCGACUCGUCGCCUGCCCCAGCCUACCUUGAGUGCGAGCUCCACUCUUGUAGACUCUGCGACUUUGACGUGCGAUCUUGAAAACGGCCUUUCGGGCGUUGUCAGAGAACUGGAAGCAUCGUCCUCGACUCUUAGUCAAACAGGCAUUGGCGACGCCUUCCGUGGUUCUCUGGCACGUCCACCGUCCUACGACGUUGGAAGAAAUAACGUAACAAUCCCUUUGAGUGGAACCGGUCAUCCUCAUUUUGCUAUGUCCUGUGGGUCACCUGUCCGAACAUCCGGUCCUCUCGUAUCUCACGGCCACUGCGCCCGAAAGGAACGCCCCUCAGAGUUCAUCCCUGUCUCCUCUGAGAACCUGGCUCUCCAACGGACCGAUCCAGACACCCCUUCCUCCGGUCUUUCCCAGUCUCCCUGCCGUUCUCAACCGGCUACUGCCGAGACGGCGUGUCCCUCGCCAGCGUCUAUUCCUUCAACUCUUUCGCUUGAUUUCCCAAAUCGCCAAGAUGUCGAAUCCGUUUUCCGGGCACAGGAGGAACGACAAAGAGCCGUCGCUUUCCCGAUGCGCCGCGAGAAGCUGUCCGAGUUCACAGACACUCCGCAGCGGUCUUUGGCAACUUCCGUGGCAAACGAAGCCGCGCGCGCUGUCUCCGUGCUCAAGAUACCAGGCUGGUCUCCUCGCUUUCCCGACAAAGAUAGACCUCUCUGUGGCAGCAGGAGCGCCGAUGACACACACGGAUUCGCCGUGGAAAUGCACAAGGCACAGACCGCAGUCAGGUGCUUUUCCCCUCCAGUGGUUCGUUCUGAGCGUUACAACCUCUCUGAAGAAGCGAGGUCUGCGGCAGAACCCUGCGAGCCGUCUUCCGCGCGUAAAGAAACAGGCGAUUUCGAUCGGGGACGCUCUCCUUGUGUCGAAGCCCUGUCCGCUUCGCGUUAUGCCUCGUCGCGCCACACUCGCCAACAUGACGGAAAAAGGCUUUCGCCGACUGCCGGGGGCAACUCAUCGGUCGCUUUGUCUUCCUCCCGAGUGCUUCCGGCCCAGCCUCACGCUGUCUCCUCUCGCCUUGGUUCCUCACAUGAGGCGACUUCCUCUAGGCAUUCCGCCUGCGCCCUGCCGGCUUCGGGCGGGUCCAGGCGCUCUCCGCAGGCUGCAGGACAGUCGCAGUCCUCUGCGCGUGCGGCGCGCAAAGCAAACGCGCCCCACGUUGCUUCGGCCCACCCCGCCGUCUCGAGUUCGUCUUCCCUCAGCCGGUUCGAUUUCUCGCGUUUGCCUCCGGAGGCUGCGCUUUGGAGUCCCCCAGGGUCUCCGCUGCCAGCAGACGAAAGCGGAGUGCUCCUGGUUCCGUCGUCCUUCCUUCUUUCGCACCGUGCGUUUAAGAAAGCGUCAUACCGGCUUUCUUCUGUCGCGCUCGACGGAGUGCAGCUGAGUUGUCCGUUCGAACACGACCAACCAGAAGAGAUCGAGACACACCACGCGAGGACAGAGUCUCCAUCGCCUCCCCCCACCUUUUCCUCGCUCGCACUGAGGGGACGGCCGCCCAACACGGAACCUUUUCACGCGCAGGCGUGCCGCUGUGCGUCUUCUACAGAGGGAACGGAAGUCUCGAACCUGCCACGGGCAAUGUCGUUUGAAGAGAAUGACGAGAACAACGGGGAAACAAACGCAGCACGAAGAAAGCCUCCCUGUGUGGCGUUUUCAAGCACGCCGAGCACUGAAAGACCACCCGUCGCCUCCGCUGCUCCGUUCCCUUCCUGUGCCGGCAGCCACGUUCUCCAGAGAGAAGAGCGUGGGGAUGGAGGAUAUCCAAAAGGCGGAGAAGAAGCCAGGGAGAGCGAACACGAACGAGAAGACAAAUGGACGCACGAACGGAAAAGGGAGAACGCGGGCAGAUCCGAAGCCGUCUUCGACGCCGUGCAUCACCCACCAGAGAGAAGGCUGCUGCAGAAAAUGCGACACGCGGCAGAGGUGGGGGCACUGAGGCGCGGGCAGGCGGCAGAGGAUUCUGCGGGUGCGAGAGGACACUUGACGCGAGAUGAGGCGAAACUGCAAAGGGACCGAUUUCGCAUGCGCAAGUCGCCGUUUCCUGGCUCAGGAGGUCCACGUCGGUUGCUUCGACCUCUACCGUGGCCUGGACGACGUAACCAAGAGAAACAGAUACCAGCUUGCGUGCGAAGUGAAGGUGUUUCCAUUCGGGGUGUCCUGUUCUUUCCACAGACCCACCGCCUGAUCUCGUGCUGCUCCGAUGUGGCGGCGUUGUCCUUCCUGCUUCCGUCUCGGGGCUCGUCCGCGCCUGUCUCGUCCACCUCGCGACCCAGGCGUCAGUCGCCGUCUCCUCUCUUCGCUCCGUCGUGUCUCCCUCGCUCAUCUUCUCUCUUUCCUUCUCCCCCCUGUGUUUCGUUCGUUCCCCUCUCGUCUUCGGGUUCCUCCGUUGCCUUGCCAUCCCCUCCGGCUCUCUUGACGGCCUCCGCCUCACCUUGCGCUGACACCAGUCCGUCUUCUUCGCGUGGACAACCCUGCGCUUCCUAUCGUCUUCUUUCUUCUUCCUCUUUGGCCUUUUGCCCGUCUUCCUCCCUGUUCCCUCCUUCGCGGUGUGACUCCAUGUACAGCACCAACCUCCUCACGCCGACCCCUCAGACAGGGGAACCGUCACUGUCUCCCUCCUGCAACGCCUCCUGUUCUUCGUCCUUGAUCUCCACGUCCUGUGGAAGCAGUCGCUCCGGCCGCGGCCCACUGGCAUCCUCUCUCCCGUCUCCGCUCGGCCCUCUUGCAACCCCGCGCCUCUCUUCGUCGACCUUCCCUCCCAACACUUGGCGCGGGUCCGAGGCAAACGACGGCGCUGCAGAACCUCAGGAGUCCGCGUCUUCCUCCUCUCCUGGGGCUUCCGCGUCUCUUUCGUGCAGCGGCUCCGAGGCGAUGGACCGUAGAAAAGGCCCUGGGACUCAGAGGUGGGACGCAGCUUUGCCGGCCCACCCGUUAAGCCCGUACCCUCUCAAACCAAACCACUCCCCUCCUCUCCCCCUCCUCCCCGAAAGCGACUUGGUCGGUCUGCUGCGUCCGCGCUCGUCUUCAGCUUGCCCCCUUGUGUCCGGCUUUGCAGACGGGCCUUCGCUCUGGCCCCGCCGCCCCGUCGCUGCCUCGCCUGCUGUCUCCUGUCCACUCUCCUGCUUUCUUCUCCCCUUCUUGGGGGCGUAUCGGUGGCAGAGCAAGCGAGGAGGCUGCGUGCACGUCGCUCUCGAGUACAUGCACUACGGAACCCUGGGCGACAUCGUGAAGGCUCUGAGACUUCUCCGGGCGGUGCGGUGCGUCGAUCCGUCAACAAAAAAGCGAGGAAACGCCGCACCUGCUUCCCCCGCCCCUCAGUGCAGGCCAACGAACAGGAGCCUGCAAACGCGUGUCUGCUCUGAUUGGCGUUCCACUCUGAGCGGCGGACGGCGACGAGGCGAAGGUGGAGGAUUCGAGCAGGGGAGAGAAGAAGACGAAGAGGCGCGUGAGAAGGACGCGCGCGCGGACCGCGACGGAGACCAAGAAGGCGGCAUGGAAGCGAGGAAGGAGGCGAAAGAGAAGACAGACGGGAGCGAUCUAGACGCGGCCGUCGGCGAUAACGACGACGGCUCGCGAGCGGACACUGUCUCCUUGUCUCCCGGCAGUUCGCCUCCGCGGCAUUCUUCUCUUCCGGCCCUUUGCCCUCCGACAGAGCGGCGUUGCGACGCCUCGCCGGCAGAAGACGGUGGAGGCUCUGAGAACAUGAGACCGGAGAACUCAGGAAGCUCUGGCCAGUGCUGGCUGCCCCCCGAGUGGAAAGAAGAACGACAAAGAAAGUGGGCGAAAAGGAAAAGGAAGAUCCAGACCGCAUGCCUGGCCCCAGAGACGAGAUCAUCCGAGGAGGAUAUCGGGAUCCCUGAAUCGAUCUUGAAGCUCAUCGCUUUUCAGGUCUUGGGAGCUCUGUCGUUCCUCCAUCGGCACCGGUGCAUCCACCGGGACAUCAAACCGCAAAAUAUCAUGAUCAACAACGAAGGCAUCGUGAAGGUCGGAGACUUCGGCAUUUCACGUUUCCUCGAUGUUGAGGGGAAUGACUCGUUGACCUUUGUUGGCACCGAACUUUACAUGAGUCCGGAGCGACUUCACCAGCAUUUCUCGGCUGUGCACCUGAACACGUCUCGUCGCCGAACAAAGACUUCGGGCUCUUCCCACCGCCUCCACGCGUCCCCGGCCUAUCCUCUCCAUUCUGCCUCUUCUGUUCCGUCUGCAUCUUCUUCCGCCGCUUCGCAUCCGUCCCGCGGGCCUGUACCGCGGAAUGUCCAGGCCGCCCGCGAGACGCUCUCGGCUAAUAGUCGAGGAGACUCGGGCACCGAACAGGGGGACCAGAAUCCAGCGCAGGGGCAGGCGCCUCGCCACGUUGGUGUGCAGGCAGACAUGCGACGCGAGGGAGAGGCGACAGAAGGAGACAGGACUGGACGAGCGGCGGGAGAAGCGCCGAGAGUGGACGAGAAGACGGAGAGAGAGAAACCGUUUGCGGCAGAGGAAACCAAAGCCGGUGACGCACAUCAGCCCGAGAGAGGGUGGCUCUCAGAGAAGGAAGAAAGGUGCACAAACAAAAACGACUCCUGCGGAGCGUUACGGGCCGGAGCAGACGCCACCGCUGUCCCGCGCGUGCCCGUUUCUCUCUUAGAAGAGCACUCUCGAAAAUCUGCAUCACCGAGACACCCGGACGUGUCCCAGGCUACCCCGCCAGUUCCGCUCUCUUUCUCGCGCUCUGCGGUCGAGCACGGACCGGAGAGAGCGCAGGAGGGACGGCUCGAGAGAGAGACGGACCUCCGAGGAGAGAAGGAAAAAGGCAAGAGCAAGAAGGCGAAAGAGCGCAGCAGGCGGAAAGAAAUCUUCGCUGCCAUGGAGAAGGAAGAGAAGCGCGUCGGCGCAUAUUCGUUCCCUUCCGAUAUUUGGAGUGUCGGCGUUCUUCUCUUUGAGCUGGCUGCUGUCCACCACCCCUUUCCGGAGGGGUUGCCGUGCGACCUGAAAGACUGCAACAUUGUGUCCCUUCUGCAGAGCCGUUUCCACGGAAGCAAAACGCGCAAGAGACGAAGCUACGAAUUCCGAGACUUUUUAUUCAACUGCCUGCGGGUAAAGCCCGGGAAACGCGCCACCGCCGACAGACUCCUUCUCCAUCCUUGGCUCCUCGAAGGCAUGGCCUCCCGGCAACACUUCAAGAGGUGGAUUGUCAAGGUGUAUCGACGAGCGUCUUCUGCGCGGCACUUGCUCCUUGAGGCCGAGGGCAUCGCGGCUGCGGGAGAAGAACCAGCCAGGGAGACGCGAAGCACGAACUCGGCAGGGGGAAGAGAGAACACGGGACGAAACGCGAGCGAGGCGCACGUCUAG